AUGUCAUACCCCGGGGAGGCUCGCCGCCGCGGUGGAGCCGGCAAUAGCUCACGCACGGCUCUGGGUUACUGGGUCCCCUUGGCCCUCACUGUCGGAGUCGCAACAUUGAGUAUCGCGGCUUGGAUCUGGAGCGAAAGAGAUGAGGAUGAUGACAGCGAACGACCCUCUAACGACCGGGAUGCCCCCUACGCGACCGAUCCGACAGGUACAGUGCACGGCGACUAUCCUCCAUCAUACAGGACAGAAGAUCACAACAAAGAGAUAGUCCCCGGUGCUGAACAUGGGGAGCAUCAGUAUGACCCCAGCUUCAUGACCCGAAUGCAAGGAGCACUGCGACGAACUCCAAGCCCACAGCAGCUUUUUGACGGUGCGAGUCGAAGGGUAAUGGCCGGUGUCACUGCUGCGGGCGCAUACGUUGGCGGGGCUUUAACCUCGAUUCGCGAAGAGAAUCGUGGCGACUUUGAGGACCAUACGAGAUGGUCAGAAGAGGCCCAGUCUCGAGCGACGCAGCGCAACCAGCCCACGGGCGAUGCGCCACUUAUCAGCGGGGCUAUAUCAAGCCAUCUACCACCGGUCGGUCAAGGCCAACCCGCGAGGAACAAGAAGAAGACGGUAGCCAUCGUUGUCUCUUCUGUUACUCCUCCGGACUCGGACGCUUAUGCUUCAGAGCAUGCCUCUAUACUUUCUCAUCUCCCCGAGCAUGUUGAUCUCGACACCUCUCGCAUCUUUGUCUUGAUCUAUGCCCCUGACCUCCAACAUGCAAUUGGACAAAGUAGUCCCUCUCGAAGAACCACCUCUCUUGCAUCUUCAUUCUCCAACAUUGCAACCGAGGAAGCGAACUCUUCGACCGAGGCGAUCGCAGAUCCAAACAGUCUAGACUCGCGCCACGAAGACAGUAUGGAUGGCACCAACAUGCUUUUCAAAACUCUGUACACGCAAGCUCAGGCGAUUGUUGAAAAAGAGAGCAUGAUCAUGCCUUUCAACACAGCUACUGGCUUUGUGCACCUUGUGCGUCACUUGUCACCGGAGCUUGUCUAUGUUCAGGAGUCUUUGACAGGUGACGAGGGCACUGCUGCGCAUCAUAUAUCCGGUUGGGUGCGUCAGGUCAUUGUCGUAGUCGGCGACGAAGGCGGUCGUGGAGGCCUCAUUGAUAGCGAUGAAGAGUCUGUUCUCGCCGAGAAGGGUGAGAAGUGGUGGCAGAAGGAGGGGACUAUCGGGAUCGGAAAGCGCAUUGACGUGGUGGAUGCUCUUCGUGUAGGAGAUGACUGGCGCCGCCGAGUGAAGGGUCUGGACUGA